AUGGCUGACUGCGGGGCUGGGCCGGACAAUUUCCCAGAAGUGGGUCGCUAUCCAGGGACAGACAAGGACGCAGAGGACAAAGAUUCUGCGGACAAGAUUAUAGAAGGCUACCGGUGUCAGCCCAACUCCCAUCCCUGGCAGGUGGCCCUGCUGAAGGGCAACCAGCUGCACUGCGGGGGCUCCCUGCUCAACGAGCGGUGGGUGCUCACCGCGGCCCACUGCAAGAUGAAUGAGUACAACGUGCACAUGGGCAGCCAGAUGCUGAACGGCAGGAGGGGCCAGAGGGUCAGAGCCACAAGGUCCAUCCGGCACCCUGACUACUCCACGACCACCCACGUCAACGACAUCAUGCUGGUGCGGCUGAACUCCCCGGCCAGGAUGUCCCCUUCGGUGAAGGCCGUCAACCUGCCCUCCCGAUGCGAGGGCCCUGGGACCUCAUGCACAGUUUCUGGCUGGGGCACCACCACCAGCCCUGUUGCCACCUUCCCGCUGCAGCUCAUGUGCGUGGAUGUCAAUCUCAUCUCGCGCAACAACUGCAGCAAGGUGUACAAGGACCUGCUGGGCAAGAACAUGCUGUGCGCUGGCAUCCCGGACUCCAAGAAGAACUCCUGCAACGGUGACUCUGGGGGGCCCUUGAUGUGCAAAGGGACCCUGCAAGGUAUAGUCUCCUGGGGAACAUUCCCUUGCGGUCAGCCCAAUGAUCCAGGUGUCUAUACUCAAGUCUGCAAGUACAUCCCUUGGAUAAGGGAGACCAUGAGAAGGAACUGA